UCCAGGGGAAAAGUGUUGGGAGAUCUACAAAGUGGAUUUUUUUUCCUCUUUUUUCUCCCCCCCCCCCCCCCUUCCCCCGUUUUUUACCGCUCCUCUGCAGAUUUUGCAACAAAACACUCCAACUUUGCAGAAAACUUUUUUUUUUUCAUUUUUUGCCUUUUCUGGGGCUUUUUUUUUUUUUUUUCCCGCUUUAUUUUGCCUUUGCAAAUCUUGGAAGAGGAAAGCGGGAGGGUUGAACAGAGCCGAUCGAAACACAACUUUGCUUCACACCAAGCUUCCCAGCAGCUCGCUGCGUCGGGAGGGACUUUUUCUCUUCCUGCAGAAGAAGACAGAGGGAAGGGGAGCUUUGCAUCCCCUCUUCCUUCUCCUGCGUGUUGGGUUUCUUUUUUUUCUACCCCUGUUGACUGCUUUGAUGCAUUAAUAGCAGGACACUGGUUUUCAAGGAACUUUGCUCCCUUCCCAACCUGCCUCCUCCCAGCCCUUUGGGAAGAGUGUGUGUGUGUGUGCGUGAGUGUGUGAAACCGCCCUCCCACCUCCCCAAACUCCCCUGCUCACCCCCGCCUCCCCCUGCAACCUGUAGGCUGUGCAACCCCUGCAGGCUUUGCUCCCUUUCCCCCCUCCUUCCCUCCCCCUCUCUUUUUGCGCUUCCGCGGAUCGCGGUGCGAAUUCCCCCUUUCGAGGCGAGAAAAAGCAGAAAGAAGGAGAAAAAGGGACAAAAAGACAAAAAGCAAACCUAGAGGUCCCCCCUCUCCCCACGCCAAAAGAAAACCAGUAGGGUCUCGCACCCCGAGGAUAAAUCCCAGAGCGGGGCGCCUGCACGCAGGGGCUGCGCUUUCCGCCCCUUUUCCUUCUUGAAUUUUUAAAAUUUUAAUUUUCCUUUUUUCUUUUUUGCCCCCGAAGGGGCAAGCGGGAAGCCAGCGCCGCCCGCCCCCCGCCCGCGGCACCCCCCGCGCCCCGUCCCGCAGCAUCCCCGCCGCGAUGCUGCUGCGGCUCCUGGUGCUGCUGGGCGCCUGUCCGGGGCUGUCGCGGUGCCUGGGCUCCUUCGUGCAGUGCGAGCCCUGCGACGGCAAGGCGCUGUCGCUGUGCCCGCCGCCGCCGCUGGGCUGCGAGCUGGUGAAGGAGCCGGGCUGCGGCUGCUGCCUCACCUGCGCCCUGCCCGCCGGCCAGCCCUGCGGCGUCUACACCGAGCGCUGCGCCCGCGGGCUCCGCUGCCUCCCGCGGCAGGGCGAGGAGAAGCCGCUGCACGCCCUGCUCCACGGCACCGCCGUCUGCCUCAGCGAGAAGAGCUACCGCGAGCAAGCCAAGGCCGAACGGGAGUCCCGAGAGCAUGAGGAGCCAACCACGUCGGAGAUGACGGAGGAGACCUACCCACCCAAGGCCUACCGGCCCAAGCACGGGCGCCUCUCCGAGCUCAAGGCUGAGGCUCUGAAGAAGGACCGCCGGAAGAAGCUGACCCUGGCCAAGUUUGUGGGCAUGGCCGAGAACACGGCACAUCCCCGCGUUGUCAUCCCUGAGCUCCGGCAGGAGUUUGAGCUGGGCCCCUGCCGCAGGCACAUGGAGGCGUCCCUGCAGGAGCUGAAGAGCAGCCAGCGGAUGGUCCCCCGUGCUGUCCACCUCCCCAACUGCGACCGAAAGGGCUUCUACAAGAGGAAGCAGUGCAAGCCCUCCCGAGGCCGGAAGCGUGGGUUGUGUUGGUGUGUGGACAAAUACGGCAUGAAGCUGCCAGGGACUGACUACCUGAGCGGAGACCUGCAGUGCCACGCGUUCGACAGCAGCAACGUGGAGUGAAGUCGCAUCCCCUCCCUCCACCCCAUCACUACCUACCCAGGCUCCCUUCCACCCUCCCCUCCGCACCUCCCCGCGCCCCGGGACUCCGAUUCCUUUCAUCUCAUGUAAGAAGAAAAAAAGAAAGGAAAAGAAAAAAGAGAAAGGAAGGAAAAGGAAAGAAAAAAGAAGAGGAAGAGAAAGAAGUAAACAAAGGAAAAGCAAAAAGAAAAGAAAGAAAACAGGAAGGAGAAAAAAGAAAGGAAAAAAGAAAAGAAAGCAAAAAAGAAGAGAAAAGAAAGGAAGAGAAAAGAAAAAAAGGAAAAGAAAAAAGGAGAAAAAGAAAAGAAAGGAAAAGAUAAAAGAAAAAAGAAAAGAAAAAAGGAAAAGAAAAGAAGAAAGAAAAGAAAGGAAAAGAAAAAAGGAGAAAAACAAACCCUGAAGAAACUGAGGACUCGGAAUCUACAGCAGCCUCUUGAUUGCAAGGACUCAGCAAGGAAAGGACAGAGCCAGAGACAAACCAGUUGCGGCCACUCCACCAUCCUGCACCAUCCCGCGCCUCUCCCCAGUGCGCCUCCCUGCUGCUUGAGCAGAGGCUUCCCCAGUGUAGGAAGCUCUCUAAGUUGGUGAUUUUCCAGUAUGGGUGGCGGGCAGGUUGAUUUAUUUUGGGGGGGGAGGGGGCGAGUAGCUCGUUUUUGUCUAAAGGGUCUCAAGAGAAAACCUUGUGGCUGCCAGUGUCCCCCCUCCUUGCUGCAGUCCUUCAGAGUCUCCUCCCCACAUCGCUGGGACUCACUUGACUCUAUUUGGUUUCCAUCUCAAAUGACCGCCCCAGAUCGAGGCAGAUUCAACGCAUCGGGAGGAGGCAUGGGACUGCUGGCUUUGUGUCUGGAGAUGAGCCGUGAAGGGAAACACAGCUCCUGCAAUGGCACAAAUACCCCUGCAAGAAUAUUUGUGGACUUUGAAAUCAUCCAAAAAGGAAAGAUACCCUUCUGCAUUCAGUUCCUCUUGAAUGGGAGGUCAGAAAUCUUUUUGGACAAGCAGGACUCUGACCAUUGUCCAUGCAGGUGUAGAAGCGCUUGUCUCCUGCGUGCAUGUGUGCAAGCAUGUGUGUGCACAGACGUGGCUUUUCCUCCUUGCAAAACUUUGCCUUGAAACCUUCAAUCUGGAGGGCUUCACGCUAAGCAGGGGGAAAGAGGCUGCCCCUCCCAAAGAAUAAUAACCUGCUGGACUAAGCGUGGGAGCAGGGUUACAGAGGAGCACCGGUGCCUGCGGGAUCAGGGCCCCACCAACGCUGAGGGCUGCAUCUGAGCUGACCCUGCAGAUAUUCCAGCGCUGUCCAGACUGAAGCAUCCGUACAUGAGGACAGGGGAAUCGGGGCCAAAACUCUUCACCACCCUUCACUGCCAUGAGGAAGACCAACUAUGGAGAUUUCUUUUUUAAUUUUAUUUUUUUUCCACAGCCAAAAAAGUGGUUUGCUUCAGGGAGGGGGGAAAACAAACCUACAUUUUGUUUCGCAUUGGAUUUUUGUUAAGGCUGGUUUAUAGCCUUCCCCAUGGGUAGGAAAACGCUGGUCUCCAUCCUUUCGCAUUGAGGAUACUGCUCACGUUGCCACAGCUGACUCCCACCACCCUGCAGUAAGAUACUGCAACAGGCCCUCGCCUUAAACAUGGGGACCCCAAUCCUUGAGUGACAGCAGCCACCGCACCAUGGAGACCCACUGCCUCAGGCAUGCUGGUGCAGCCCUCGGCUGCCUUCCUGACUUUGUUUUUCAUUUUUACGUUCAGUUUCAGGACUCUUGGCUUUUGCUUCCCCACGACAAGGGUCUCUGCGAUGUUGGCGCUGGGAGGAGAUCCUGCAGUGAAGGAAGGAAAUGAAAGGAAAGCAAGCGGUGGUGUCUGGGUGCUGCGAUCCCAGUGGGCAUAUACACAUCCACUAUGGACCACAUCCCACUACCACGGCUGGAGCUGGCAGCUGGCACUGGCCAAAGGACACAGCUGAUCUCAGGGGGAAGGUUUCUGCACCCCAAAGCCCCUUUGAGCAUCCCGGAUGUGGGCAUAGAGGAUAGGGGGUCCACAGCACCACCGGGUCCCUGCGGGAUGGGACAAGGGGGAUUCAGUGACAAGGGGGUCUGGUGGAGGCUCCUCUCCAUCACUGGUCAGGUGCCCUCAUAGCCUCCCACGGCAUGGCAUCACUUCUGGAGCACCUUGCAGGCCCCCCACCAGGACACUUGCCCCAGUCAAGGGCAGGACUGGAUGUCCCACAGUUAUUUCACUUGGAGUUGCAGCAGGGGAAAGUUUGCCAGUGGACUUCAGUGGAGACCCAGUGAGGCAUGUUUGGAGCUGGGGGUGAGGCAUCUUCCCUUGAUGAAAAGAAUGGAGGGUGCCACCAAAUGCAGAUCUGCCCCCCUCAAAAGAAAUUGCCGGAACGGGAUGAUCCUGUGUUGCUGGAGGGGGAGCAUCACGGGUGCUGGGGCCAAGGGAGGGACCCCUCUGGGCUCUGCAAGGCUGAUGGAGCAGGGUUGGUUUGACCAGGGUGGUGGGUUAAUGGUACAGUGAAGGUGGGGUGAAGAAUGUAGUGAAGACAGCAGGAUUAUGGGGAGCUCAUGCUAACCCCUAGGGCCACUGUUUGCCAUCAUUGAUGCUGUCUCUGUCUCCUUUGCUCACCGAUCCCUGUGCAAAACCUCUGUUAUAGGCCAGUACCACCUUCCCCAGGACCCUUCCCUCCUUCUCUCUCUCUUGCUUUUUUGUUUGUUUGUUUUGUUGUUUAAUUUCCCAAAACUUGAAAGCCUUUGGCUACAGAAAAAGGAGAUGUACUGCUGGGGCGGGAUGGGAGCUUUUGCAGAAUGAGCUCAUGGGGCCUGGUGUGGUCUCGUGAUGUGGCCACCACAGUGGCACUGGGAAGGGCAUGCAGGGUGUUUCCCCGACCUCUCCCUAGAAAGCAAGUCUCAGCCAUGGCCUGGGGGCCCAAAAUCCAUCCCGCGCAGCCUCCCUCCCUGCUGCACAUCCAUUGGUGGGACAGCACUGCCUGUCCUGUCCCCACCAGCCUGGGGGGAGGAGGAUGCAAGGAGGGGGCUGCCCAAACCACCUUUGUCCCCCCAAACCACCUUGGCUCCUAGGACAGGGCACCAAGCGAGCCCCCAGCCGCCCAGUCCCUAGAGGAACCCUGGCAGGAUGAGGCUGUUUGCAGGCUGCACUAAUAUUUAGGACUAGGGUUGGAGCCUGGGUCGGGAUGGAGGCAAGAGCAGCUUCAGAAGGGGUGGCAAUGACGAGGUGCUGCCGUUCUCAGCACCCAGCAGCACCCCUUUGCAUUUAGGGUGAGAAAACCAAAAGGGGCAGAUGUGGGAGCUGGGGAGGACAGGGAGAAGGGGGCGAGGCACAUGGGGAGAUGCUGGCGAUUGGUGGAUAAGGGAGAGGUGUGAGGCUUGGAGGUCUCCAGCCAUGGUCUUUGCACCGAGCCUGCACUGGUACCCGGGAUGUGAGCUGGGAAGGAGAGGGCGAGGAUGGCACAGGGGUCAGGACAGCCCUUCUAUCACAUCUCCCCGGGGCACAGCGCUCAGCAGCUGGGCUGCCCCUUGUCUGUACUGCAGUGGACCUCGAAAACCACUAGUACAAUAGCAUUUUGCACUAUUUCUCUGCUCUCUCCCCCCUUCUCUUUUCCUCCCCCUUCUCUAUGAAAACUUUUUUGCUGUUGGGUGUUUUUAUUUUCUCCCCCCCCUUUUUUUUUUGUUUUUUUGGGGUUUUGUUUGUUUGUUGUUGAUUUUAGGGGUUUUUUUCCCAAAUGGAGCAUUGUAUAUUUAACAACCGACAGUUCACCUCGCUUCCAGACCGCUGUCCUGGCCAUGGCUAGGAUCCCUGCCUACUAUGCCCCCCUCUCCAGCCCCACCAGCCCCCCACCACUGCCAGUGGGACAGAUGUCACCGCGCACGUUACCCACCGUUGUAACACAGUUGUUAAAACACACCAGAUUCCGAGUUUCCUGCCUGGUUUUUAUCUUUAAGCAAUACUCACUACACAUUUUACGGUAGCUUUUUAUAGCUUUACAUAUAUACGGUAGCUCUGUUGUUUCAUUUCGUUUUGUUUUUGUUGUUUUGGUGUUGUUUUUUUUUUUCCAGUAAACAAGAAAUACUCAUAAUCUUACUGGUGGGGAAAAAAAAAAAAAAAAAGCAGUUUGUGAAAAACUGACAAUGGAAGAAGAGCUUAAUGCUCUGUUUAGCAUUUUGUACUUAAAAAAAAUCUCACAUUUUAUUAAAAAGUGAAGAUUGCUGUAUACUAUUUAUUCAACUUAUAAUUUAUGUUACUCUUUGAUCUUUGUCUUUUCUCGUGACAAAGCAUUUAUUUAAUAAAGUUAUGCAUUCAGUUA